AUGUGUGAAUCAAAUAGCAAUGGUUCGGCACAGGCUAUGAUAGCACUCCGUAUGAAAACAUCGACAGUUAAUCCGUUUUUAGACAAUCCGUUGCCAAACGAGGCGACGACAGCACCGCAUAUCACGUCCUCAUCAGUUAAUAACAUCAAUGCUGUUAGCAAUGCAUUUUCAUUGGCCAAUUUUGCCGGCCAUCGGUUAGGUUUGCCGACACCAAACGGUAGUCCCAAUUUUAAUUUAGCCGACUAUCAGAGACUACAGUUCUACGAUUACACUUCCCAGGCAUCGGUUCGCUUGCGAUUAGGUCCAUCCGCACCGUUCGCCAACACGGCCUACAACAUGCCACCCGGUUAUGGUCAUCCAGCCUUUGCUGACGGCACACCGUUUGGAGCUAUGACUCCUUUUGCGAGAUUUGAUCCGCGGUUUCGUUUCAUGCAUGAAGAGCCCAAACCGCAGCACAGUUAUAUCGGACUCAUUGCUAUCGCUAUAUUAAGCAUGAGUGACCAGAAAAUGGUAUUAAGCGAUAUAUAUCAGCACAUACUCGACAACUAUCCCUACUUCAGAAACCGGGGGCCCGGUUGGAGAAACAGUAUCCGACAUAACCUAUCACUGAACGACUGUUUUGUUAAAUCCGGUCGCAGUGCUAAUGGAAAAGGACAUUAUUGGGCUAUACAUCCGGCAAAUUUGGACGACUUCAAGAAAGGAGACUUUAGACGCCGAAAAGCCCAGCGAAAGGUUCGAAAACAUAUGGGACUAUCGGUUCCCGACGACGAUGACAGUCCCAGUCCGACACCGCCACCAAUGCCACCGACGGGUUUAGUCAAUCCGUUUGGACACCACUCAGCAGCACUAAUGGCAUCGUCAGGAUUUAGAUUACAUGCAAAUCAAGCUAUCUGUGCAAAUGAUAUCAAUAUUUUCAAUGAUCUCCGCUUUUCUCUGCCAAACAAGUUAUCGGCUAAUCCAGACCUGAAGGCAAUCGAAGACUGUCGCACUCAUGAGGACAGCCUAUUGCCAUCCGUAUCGCAUACAAACAUAAAAGCAAUAAAACGACAGUUUGAUGUCGAAAGCCUAUUAGCUCCCGAUUGUGAUUCAACUGUCGACGACAACAUCAAUCGUAUCGUAUCGGAAAACAAGUCGUCGUCAAACAACUCGGUUGAAUGCAUUGAACAGUUGGAUGACAACAACCGGCGAAGUACUACACCACCAUCGAUGGGAUCGCAAAACGAUUUUAUUAUCAACAAAACAAUCGACAGUUACGACAGCAACAGCUCGUCGCCGUCGAUCUCGUCGACCGCCGAACGCCAUCAUUCGCCACCAAUGAUUCAUCCGAGACAACCGAUUAUACCGACACUGUCGCCGGGAUCGUGGCGUGCGGCCCAACUUCAGUCGCUGCAAAACUUACAUCAGAUGAACGCCGGUCUAAUCAACCAAUCGCUACAAUCGGUAGGUCCCGGAGCGGCCUUCCCUGUCAACCUGCCGUGGGCCAUGUCGGCCGCCGCACUGUCCAACGCCCAAAUGGCAGCCACUAUACUCGGCUACGCGUCGGUCGCUAACCAAGCGUUUGAUUUGACAUCGGAUGCAAAUAAACGAUAA